GCUCAAAUUUUUGGGAAUAUAAAGGGGUAGUGAUUAAGGUAUCUUGUCCAAAGAAAACUACUUGUGCUUUAUUCUAAACUCACAUGCUUUCCCACGCAAAGUGUUCGAUUCUCUUUUUCUUUUUCUUUUAUUUUUUUUUUAUUUUUUUAAUAAGCGUAUGCAGAGCUGAAUUAAUGCUGACGCCUUCCUUCUAAAGUCUAAAAUCACUUCGCACGCAAACACCGUACCUCUCUGUCGUUGCUAUCUGAGGUCACACUUCAAGUCAACAAAAGUCAAACCGACCGUUAACACCACCGUCUCGCCGCCAUGGACGGCGAUCCUAACAACAAAGCCUCUGAAGCUUUAUCGAUCAAAUAUCAGUUUUCAACUCUCUCGGUGGAUGAUGAUGAUGAUGGUGAUGAAUCGAGCGUUAAAGACGGGAAUGCAGAGAAAGAACCGGUAGAAAAAUUAUCUACAAAUUCGCCAGAGUCUUCGACAUCAGAAGCAGAAUCACGAAGAGAACUAUACGAGAUGAUUGUUCCUUCUGCACUUAGAGAAUCGUGGAUCGAUUCGGAGAGACCUGUUUGUCUCAACUUUUAUUUUGUGAAGUUCAUUCCUCGACCAGAGGAUAGGCUUUAUAAAGAGUUCGGUAUUUUUCUGAAAGCAUCUCUCCCAAGAGAGGCUGAGGGAUUGAAAGUCCUUCUUCAAUUGCAUGGUGGUGGUGGUAGAACAGUCGAGGCCGAGCUUGUCCCAUCAGGAGUUGUAAAUUUUGAUGAAGAUGAGAUUCAGGAGGCACAAAAAUUUCAUCAAAUGUGCCUCAAGGCCAUACUUCACCGAGAAGAGUUCAUUUCUGAAUUUGUUUCUUUGGAAAAUAAUAAUUUGAGUAACUCUAGCUCAACAAGAUUCUACCUGUUGCUUCCAGUCAUUCUUCGUGAAUCUAACAGGAAAGUAGACUGGGAGCUUAUUAGAAGAUGUUUAUCCUCACCUAUUUUCAGGACUCAAGAUGAUGCUGGAGACCGUGCUACCCCUCAUUUGAACAACCACUUGCAACUUGCUAAUGGUCCCAAAAGCAUAGAAGAUGUCGUCAAUAGUUUAGUGUAUAUCCCAAGUCCGGGCAGAAAAGGAUUUUACUUUGUUUCUGAAGUUAUUUGGGAGAAGAAAAGGUCCACGUCAGUUCCAGCCACAGGGUUGAGGACUCAUGUGUUCGUGAAGUUCAUUCAUCAUCUAUUCUACCGCUUUACUUCAUGGUUCAGCAGUCAUCUUUCCUACCCCGACCAACCACUUUUGAAAGCAAAAAAUCUUUUCCGUUUGAAGAAUUUACUAUGCAAGAGGGGGAAUCCAGCAGAAUCACGAGAAAAAGAGGAGCACUUUCUCAACUUACGCCCUGAGAUUUGUCAGUUGAAGAUAAUUGGAUUUUCUAAAGAUAUUGGAAGUUCACUGUCUUUGUUACCAUCAAUCAUGCAUCGACUUGAGAGCUUACUUGUGGCAGUAGAACUUAAACAAGUGUUAUCUUCAUCGUUUCCCGAGGGAGCUGAAGUUACUGCUUAUCGUGUUCUCGAAGCACUCACAACAGAGAAAUGCAACGAGGGAUUUUCAUAUGAAAGGCUUGAAGUGCUCGGCGAUGUUUUCCUCAAGUUUGUUGUUGGCAGGCACCUUUUUCUUUUAGACAGUAACCUUAAAGAAGGAGAACUAACCCAAAAGCGCAAGGACAUUGUAGAAAAUUCCAAUUUAUUCAAGCUAGCAACAAUGAGCAAUUUACAGUUAUAUAUACGUGAUCAGUCCUUUGAUCCGUGCCAAUUCUUUGCGUUGGGCCAUCCUUGUUCAGGAAUUUGUAGUAGGGAAACAGAGAGUACUAAACAUUCUCCAUGCAAAAGCGAUGUGAAAAAUAGUGCAAAUGCUGAAGUUAGAUGCAACAAAAAUCACCAUUGGUUGCAAAAUAAAACCAUUGCUGAUGUGGUUGAAGCUCUCAUUGGAGCAUUCAUAGUUGACAGUGGCUUCAAAGCUGCAACUGCUUUUCUUAAAUGGUUUGGCAUACAAGUGGACUUUAAGGUGUUGCAAGUUAUUAAUAUCUGCUCUGAAAGCAAAAAGUUCAUGCAAUUUGAUGCUAGGCUAAGUAUUGCAGAUCUGGAAAAUUUGUCAGGGUAUCGGUUUCGUCAUAAAGGUUUGCUUUUAGAGGCGUUUGUACAUCCGUCUCUCAGAGAUCAAGUGGGAGGCUGCUAUCAGAGACUCGAGUACCUUGGAGAUGCUGUGUUGGAUUAUUUAGUCACCUCCUAUCUGUAUUCAGUGUACCCAAAACUGAAUCCUGGCCAGUUUACAGUUUUGAGAUCAGAGUUUGUAAAGAAUAAAAUCCUUGCGGACGUUGCAGUACAACAUUCACUUCAUGAAAAACUUAUAAGCAAAUCCAGUGGCCUUGAGGAGUCUAUAGAUAAAUAUAUCAAUUUACCUGCAUCAGAGAAGGGUCAGGUCAAAUCGCCAAAGGCUCUAGCUGACUUGGUGGAGUCUUUUAUUGGUGCCAUUCUUCUUGACACGGGGUUCGAUUUGAGCCGCGUGUGGAAGAUAAUGCUGUCCUUUUUGAAUCCAGAUAUGAUCCUUUCCAGGUUGAAGGCCCAAGGUUACAAACUUGAGCCCAAAUCAUUGGAGGAAGUUUUAGAGUCGAGCUGCAAGAUGGAAGCCAAGCUGAUUGGGUAUGAUGAAACACUAAUAGAUACCAUUGCUUCAGAUGCUGCUGAAUUUAAUACAAUGAAGCUGGAGGAAUCUUCCUCUGAGGCAACUGCAGUGUGCUGCAGUUCUGGCUCACAGCAUGCAGGUGGUUCACAAAAGGGAUCAGCAGAGUCGCAUUUGUAUAAAAUCUGCAAUGAUAAUUGUUGGAAACCUCCUGUGUUUGAAUGCCACGAGGAGAUGGGACCAAACCACUUAAACGAAUUCACUUCAAAGGUGGUCGUGGAAAUUGAGAAAUCCUCGGAUGUGAUUUUGGAGUGUUAUGGAGAACCUCGGGCGAAAAAAGAAGAUGCCAGGGAGCAUGCAGCUGAAGGGGCGGUUUGGUACUUAAAACACGAAGGUACUUGCCUGUGAAAGAGAGAUCAAUCUAAUCCUAUAUUCGAGAUGAGUGAAGAACCAUUUUACAUGCACAUGUUGUAAUACUUGUUCGGGGAACUGUAGACUUGUAGGUAACAAACUCACACAGCAAAGAGCAACUACAUACGACAUCAUUUAUACGUGACACUCGACUGUAGAUGCUUACUGCUAUUAUGACACAUCAUGAACAGAAUUCAUGGGCCAUAAUUCUGUAUUUGAUUGUCGUUGUUGGCUAAAUGUAAAAUGUGAUGGUUAUGGGGUACUUGCUUAAACCAUUUAAUGGACUACUACUACCAGAAAUCAUUUGAGCAGGCCAUUCUUUGAAUGGACAAUGAAAA